AUGGGCCCUGUGCGUCAGUUUCGGGGCGGGGGGGCGAAGAGAGAGCAGAAGAAUGAUUCAUUUGGAUCGACGAGCUUUUUCAGCCCCAAAACUCAGAAUCAAUGGAAUCGCGAGAGAAGUAAGCAAAGUCAAAGCUUUGCCAGAAGCAAGACGAGGAAGCGGAGCUCUCGUAUAAGCGCUAGCUUCCCCCGACCGACUAAAAUACAAGAGUCGCGACCUAUUUUGAUUCAAAAGAAAAGCGAAGGCGCCCCGGGUGGCAAACGGCUUUCUAUCAUAGUUGCAAGGCUUCCAAACCUUAACUACUUAAUCGGCCUAACCAAAGCGUCACAACAAGAGAUAAUUAGCCUUAUGAAUGGAAUCUUAAGUAGGGGGCCCGCCCGCCUACCAAUCAAAGAGGCUGAGAGUAAGCGUAAGCUCACCCGUAAGCUCUUCGAGCUUUCUCCGCCAGAGAGAGUAGAGAAGGGGAGAAGCGACUCGUCGUAG